AUGAGUAACUCAGAUCAACCUCCUUGGCGGUCACGACCCCCACACAGACCACCGCAGUCCGCAAAGCCAAAUCCCACCAUUCCGGCGAAGCGUACUAUCGACUCGCAAGAACAGGCCUGGGUGGCAGGAGAAGAUCGCUUCGUAUUACAACAAGCAAAGAGGAAGGCCGCAAUACGCGUCAAAAAUGGUCGGUCACGCCCAAUCGACCGACUCGCGGUGACCUUACGACUGGUUGACAGAGUCACGAACCCUCUGGACGAAGAUGAAGAUGAUGAGGAGCUGGAUGUCGAGGAUCCGACAGGCACAAUCGAAAAUCUGGACAAUACCGAACUUGUUGAGCUGGAGAAAGAGAUUGACACGUACAUCACGCUGGAAACAAGCGCCAGUAACCUGGAAUAUUGGAGAGCUAUGAAAGCUAUCUGCGCUGACAGGCAAAGGAAAUGCUCAGCACACAACUCUAGUGCUCGAGGUGUGCAGUCAGUUUCUGCCGAUGUCGAUAAGAUCCUGGGCCCAAAAUCGUAUGAACAGCUAGUUGCCUUAGAGAAGCAGAUACGAGCGAAAUUGGGCUCCGGUGAACCAAUCGAUGUGGAUUAUUGGGAACAUCUUUUGGCGAGUCUGAUAGUCUGGAAAGCCAAAGCUAAGCUGAAGAAGGUCUCCCAGGCGGUCAUAAGCAAUCGUCUAAACAAGACCCGGAAGCUACAGGAAGAAGAUGCCAUAGCUGCGCAGCAAAGGAUGAGAGUUAUCAUCGGCAGUAGAUGUUCCUCAGCUGCGGAUGGAUCGGGUCUUGACCCCGAGCCUUUCUUGAAGCUAAGACAAGAAGACAAGUGCUUGGAGACGAUGGAUGAAAAGACAUUUCUAGACACCGUGACAUGCGAGAGGCAGAAGAUCUUGAAAUUGGGUUAUGUUCCAUUGAAGCAGCGUGACUCGAAAGCUUUGGUUUCCGCAUCGUCUAUGAAACCGCCGGAAUCGACGGAUUUUGCUGGCCCUGGUCGUUUCGCAACAACGAAGACUGACGAUUUCUCUCGGGCUGCGACAGUACUGUACGAGCGUGAGGUGGCUAGAGGCGUAAGCGAGAAUGAGGAAAUAUUCGCUGGCGAGGAAGAAGUAUCAACGGCAAAGAAGUCACAAUGGGAAGACAAGUAUCGACCCCGCAAGCCGAGAUAUUUCAACCGGGUGCAGAUGGGCUACGAAUGGAACAAAUACAACCAAACGCAUUACGACCACGAUAAUCCACCUCCAAAAGUGGUUCAGGGAUAUAAGUUUAACGUCUUCUAUCCUGAUCUUAUUGAUCAGACAAAGGCGCCCACCUAUCGGAUCGAACGCGAGAAUGGUAGAAAACGCGGAGAGUCUUUUGCCCCUGCAGGUGAAGAAGAUACCUGUAUCAUCCGUUUCGUCGCAGGUCCGCCGUACGAAGACAUUGCUUUCCGUAUCGUGGACAAGGAAUGGGACUACAGUUCCAAGAGCGAUCGAGGCUUUAAAAGCAAGUUUGAAGACGGUAUCCUGAACCUGCACUUUCAGUUUAAAAAGAUAUUCUACCGCAAAUGA